AUGUACAUAAUCAGGGCUGCGAUCGCUUUCGCCAGUGUCUCAAACUAUCGAUGUUGUGAGAAUGCCUUGACAUUUCUUUACCAGUCCUUUUCAUCCGCAUCGAAAUUGGUUGAACCUACAGCUGUUGCCUACAGGGCUGCAAUGAAAAAUGGUGUACCUCUUGAAGAACUUCCCAUGCGAGUCAAUUUCCGAGGAAAGCCGUAUAAGCCCGUCUCUUUGGAAGAAAGCAUUCAGUAUCUUUCAAGUCCUGAGUACCAGGAGCUCUAUCGCGGGAAGCCUGUCUGGUUUUAUUUUAGACGUAACUACAAAGGUCAUUUUCCACCUAAAUAUCCGAGAAAGUCGUGCACUAAUGUAGGCCUUCUUAAGCAAUUCCUCCAUCCACUUUCGUCCGACAUUCUGGAGCCCAAAGUCACAGGUCUGUGUGAAGUCCAGCACAAAGCACUGCUCUUGGCAAUUGAAAUGGCUCGUGAUAUGGGAACAAUUCAAAUGCGGGUUCCCUUCCGUCUGUUCGACUACUCCGAGUACUACGGGGAUAUAAUGCAGCCAGAAGAACUGCGCCAACUUGCCAGCCACGUCGUGAAGGCCUCGGGAUCUGGCGGUCAGCUAGAACCCUUGAAUGAUAUUUAUCGCAAAGCGGCUUCUUCAUUAGCCAGCUUACCUCCAUCGAUCACACGACUCCUUCGUCAAUCAGCAGUCAUCCCUCAUAUCGAGGAGGUUGCUGCAGAACCACCCACCGUUGAAAUUGACCGCCCGAAGAUACCAAAUCGAUAUCAGAUGGAAGAGAGGUAUCGGAAACUGUUACUGAGUAGGAAACGGGCAAAAUCCAUCCUCCUCAAUCACUAG